AUGGUACUGUUGGAGAAGCAAUGGGUGAAUGUUCAAGAGAAGACGUUUACUAAGUGGUUGAACAAUAAGAUAGCGCCUCGCGAUGUCUCCGUCAAGUCCCUUGUGACUGAUCUCUCGGAUGGGAUUAUUCUCAUCCACCUCCUCGAAGUCCUCAGCAAUGAAUCGCUUGGGCGAUAUGCCUCGAAUCCCAGGCUGCGGGUGCAGCGGUUCGAGAAUGUCAACAAGUCAUUGGAAUUUAUCAAAAGCCGGGGUAUUCAGAUGACCAAUAUUGGUGCCGAAGAUGUCGUCGAUGGGAACAGAAAAAUCAUCCUUGGUCUGAUAUGGACUCUCAUUCUCCGGUUCACCAUCUCGGAUAUUAAUGAAGAGGGCAUGACGGCCAAGGAGGGUUUGCUUCUGUGGUGCCAGCGAAAGACCGCCUGCUAUGAAGGUGUCGAGGUUCGAGAUUUUUCCACUUCUUGGAAUGACGGCCUGGCCUUCUGUGCCCUCCUCGAUAUCCACCGGCCUGAUCUCAUUGAUUUCGACACUUUGGAUAAAUCAGAUCACAAAGGGAAUAUGAAACUGGCGUUCGAUAUUGCUAGCAAAGAGAUUGGGAUCCCGGAUCUGCUUGAUGUCGAAGAUGUGGCCGACAUCCCCAGACCGGACGAAAGGUCGCUGAUGACAUAUAUCGCCUACUGGUUCCACGCAUUUAGCGCCAUGGAGAAAGUGGAAAACGCCGGGCGGCGGGUGGAAAAGUUCGUCAGUAACAUGCAAGGUGCGUGGGAGAUGGAGUCGGCAUAUGAGAAGCGGAUGCGGGCCCUGCUGCAGCAAAUCAGACAGCAACGACAGCUAUGGCAUAACUCCAGGUUCGAAGGGACCUACGCCGAUGCAAAGGCUCAGGCCAAUGAAAUUUCCAGUUUCAAAAGAAAUCAGAAGAGGAAGUGGGUGGCAGAGAAAUCAGAUCUCGCGGCGCUCCUAGGUAACAUCAAAACCAAACUGUCUACCUACCGUUUGAGACCAUAUGAACCGCCCGCGGACCUUCGACUUGAGGUGCUGGAUCAUGAAUGGGCAGCAUUGGGCACCGACGAGCACGCGCGAAGCAAAUUGAUCAACGAGACCAUCCGCGACAUCAAGAAUGCGCUGAGACGAAGUUUUGCCGACAAAGCCAACGACUUUGCCCUGACUCUCAAUACGCUUUCCUUGGCUGUGUCGGGAUUGGAAGGCGACGUGGAAGAUCAGCUUCAACAUGCGCAGAGACUGUCGGCCAACUUGGCACCUCUCGAGCAAUAUCUGGAAGGAAUAGCUAUCCUCGACGAGAAGUGCCAGGAGGCGAAUAUCGACGAGAACGACUUCACCACCUACACUUACGAUGAGUUGCUAUAUGAGCUGAGCUUGGUGAGGACCAGCGUGCAGAAAAAGUUGACGUUCCUCGAGAACCAGAUGGUGGCGAGGAGCAUGACCAACCUCACCCCCAUCCAGCUCGAAGAAUUUGAGUCAGUCUUUCGACAUUUCGACCGUGACGGGACCAACACCCUUCACGAGUUGGAGUUUAGUGCCGCAUUGGCUAGUCUCGGGUUGGUGUACGAUGAAGAAGAGAUGCACGAAAAGUAUGUGGAGGUCUGUCAUAGUGGGAUUGAUCCCUCCAUGUCACCUGUAUCGCGGCGCCAGAGGGAGAACCGCGGAGUGGGCUUUGAACAAUUCAUCCGUUUCAUGGUAUCCGUCACCGAAGACCAAAAUAGCGCCGAACAGGUGUUCCAAUCCUUCCGGGAGGUGGCUGACGGAAAGCCAUAUGUCACCGAAAUGGAUCUGAGGCAUUCUCUGAUCCCCGACGAGCUGAUUGAAGAUUUGCUCAACAGCAUGCCGGAACACAAGGGACCCGAUCUCGAGGUGGACCGAGACGUACCCAAAUAUGAUUAUAUUUCCUUCAUGCAGCGCAUGAUUGGAGACGGAGACGGAGACGGAGACAACGACGCCAACGGGGAAAGUGAUCAUAGAGGUCGGGCGAAUGGUGUGAAGACGCCCACCACUCCCCGACGGUAA